GGCUUGCACAUUCCGCAACGUGUCGCUUUCUUUGUUUGGACGUGGUAAAAGGCCCAAGGCCUGGAUCCUGUCAAGUGAGACGAGUGAGACGCCCAGCUUCGGCAUCCGUUAAGUGGAUCUGAGCCAGCCUUCCUCGGUCAUCAUGGCCAGCUCGAAGAAAUCGGGCUCGGGUGAGCCCGACACCACGGGUCUCUUCCAUGACUUGGUCAAGUUCCAGGGCAAUGGCGAAUUCGAUAAGGCCCUCAAGACGUGCAACAAGAUCCUGAAUGUGCGCCCGAAGGACGCCUCGGCCUUCCAUUGCAAGAUGGUGUGUCUCAUCCAGACCGACAAGUUCGAGGCUUGUCUCCAGCAGAUGGACGAGCACGAGGCCAUGGCCGCAGCCUUGGUCUUUGAGCGGGCCUACGCCCUGUACCGCCUCAACCGCUCCGCCCCAGCCUUGGCCAUUUUGAACCAGAAGAAGACCUUGAAUCUGCGCGAAAAGGAGCUCAAGGCCCAGGUCUUGUAUCGCAUGGAAGAGUUCGAGGCCAGUUUCAACUUGUACCGCGACAUCAUGAAGAACACGUCCGCGGAUGACGACGAUUUCGAAACCGAACGUCUGACCAAUUUGAGUGCGGCCGCCGUCCAAUUGGACAAAGACUCCGGCAUCACCGAUCUCGAUACCUACGAGCUCAUCUACAAUCAGGCCUGUCAUCUUCUCGCCCAGGGCAAAUGGUUGGAGGCCGAGAAGGGCCUGUCCCAGGCCUUGAAAGCGGCCCAGGCCUUUCUCGCCGAAGAGGACGAUUCUGAGGAGGACAUCGAACGCGAAACCGGCAUCAUCCGCGUGCAAAUGGGCUACGCUCUGCAGAUGCAAGGUCGCGACAAAGAGGCUCAGGUCCUGUACAACCAGGUGUUGAAGAACAAGCCCUCGGAUGCGGGCCUGAUCGCCGUGGCCUCAAACAAUCUCCUGUCCUUGAACAAGGAUCAGAACAUCUUCGACUCCAAGAAGCGGAUCAAGGCCGCCAAGGCUGACGGGGUGGAGCAGAAACUGACCAAGGCCAACCAGUUCGCCAUCGCGCGGAAUAACGCCCUCUUGGCCAUGUACACCAAUCAAGUGGACCUAUGCCGAGAGCUCAUUGAAGAAUUGGCCCGCAAGUUCGACCUGGACCCUCAAGAUCGACAAUUCAUCCUGGCCGGGGCCCUUUCUCGGGCUGGUCAGACGAAAGAGGCCGUGGAUCUGUUGCUGUCGGAUAAAGGUGCCAAAAGCGAUCUGGAGCGGGUGUUGGUGGCCUGUCAGAUCUAUUUGGAGCGAUCCCAGGUCCGUGAAGCCGUGGACCUGUUGAACCAAUUGCCCAAAGCCGACAAGUAUCGCACGGGGAUCCUGAGCACCAUGGUCACACUCUAUUUGGCCCUGGAGGAUCGGAAGAGUGCGGCUCAGCUCUUGAAAGAGGCCGUAGCGUUUAACUCGAAGAGCAAGAAUAAGGGCGACAUGGCCGUGGUUUGGCGGAAGACGGCCGAGUUCCACCUCAAAGGCGACGAACCCAGUGUGGCGGCUCAAUCCUUGGAGGAGCUGCUGAAGACCAACCCUCAGGAUCGACAGACCUUGGCCCAAUUGGUGAUGGCUUAUGCCAAGUUUGAUCUGGAGAAGGCCUUAGCCACGAGUAAGAAGCUACCCGAAUUCCGCGAAGUGGAUGUGGAUGUGGAUGGUCUGGAGAACUCCGCCUUCUUCGGGCCCAAGCAUAGCAAGAAAACGCCCAAAGCGGGAGGUGUGGCCUCGCCCGACGCUAGCAAGAACCCUCCAGGCUCGGACCUGGUCAAGAAGAAGAAGCCCAAGAAGAAGCGGAAGACGAAACUGCCCAAGAACUACGAUCCGACUGUGGAACCGGAUCCGGAGCGUUGGCUGCCCAAGCGUGAACGCACCGGUCAUCGACGUCCCAAGAGAGAUCGAAGGAAGGGCGAGAAGUUCACCGGAGCCCAAGGAACCGCAGCCGGUCAGAGUGAGACCUAUGAUUAUUCCCAGAAGAAGGCCGGAGCCGUGCCCAAAGGCAAUCUGAAAAGUCCGGCUCCGGAGGCGCCCGUGGGACCAAGACAGGCCCAUAAGAAGCCUCAGCAAAAGAAGAAGCAAAAGAAACGGUUCUAACUUGUACUGUCGUGUUCGUUCUGGGAAAUGAAAUUCAGCUGAACCAUUUCGAAUCAA